AUCAGGAUUGUCUUGGAGCUGUUAUGACGAUGUAUCGAGGCAAAACCCCACGUCCCGACGAGAUGGAGAGCGAGGGGCUCGACCGGACGGAGUUGGAAAGCAUCAAACGAGUGUUUGAGCGCCUCGAUCGCAAGAACGACGGGAAGAUCGACAAGCAGGAGAUCGCGAAGCAGUUUGAAGUGCUUGGAUACAAACCCAAGAAGUCAACAGACUACGGUACAUCUGAAGUCGAAGACAUGAUAUGGGAGGUGGACGAUGACUGCGACGGGAUGAUCGACUGGGAGAACUUUGUGCGGCUCUACGUGCGAUGUCGACGUGACAAGACCGGAUGCGAGCCGAAGCGCCUGUUCAACCUCAUUGAAUUUAUGAUCAACGACAAGGACGGAGGAGGCACAAUCAACGAGGACGAGAUCAUGGAAGUCUUGUACCAUCGAUACGGGAAGGAAGCCAUGACAAGGAUGACAGAGGAGGUGUUCAAGCAUGACAGAGAUGGCGACAAGGAGCUUGAUUUCCAGGAUUUCUUGAAGAUUGUGAAUGCGGGAAUGAACAACCAGCCUGGUGAGAAAGAAGUCAAGACGACAGAUAACGUCAGGAGGAAGGGAGGAGGAAGAGGAGGCCAUACAAGAUGAAGGAAGGAGAUGAAAGGAAGGGGAAGAUCGAAGGCAUGUGAGAUUGAAGGUGUGAUUGUAAGUAGUUGAAGGAACGCCGUAGCUGGCGGACUUGAUGUUAUGUCGGUUGUAUGAAAAUGAAGCUCAGAAGUUG